UAAACUUUCCUAGCUAUAAAUCACCAUGCUAUUACAUUGUUAUUUGUUACCCUAAUCAAGCAUAAACAAGUCCAAAAUCUCUAAACAAACACAAUGAGCCCUUCCUCUUCCCUUUUGUUCACUUUCACAAUCCUCUUUUGCUCUCUCCAUUCCUUUGUUCGUGCUAACCGUCUCAUCCAACAAACAUGCAAGAAUUGCUCAAAAACCGACCCCAACAUAAGCUACAAAUUUUGCGUAACAUCUUUCCAAUCGGAUCAUAGGAGCCACUACGCCAAAACCCUCCAAGAACUAGGCCUAAUCUCCAUCAAGAUCAUUAGGCACAACGUGACCGAUACCAACAACCACAUCAACGAGCUUUUGAAGAAAGAGAAGAGCUUAGACCCGUUUAUCAAAGAGUGCUUAGAUGAUUGCCUUGAAGUCUAUUCCGACACCGUUUCAACGUUUAGAGAAGCCAUUAGAGACUACAAAGCAAAACGUUACGCUGAUUGCAAUGUCAAAUUGAGCUCGAUCAUUGAUGCCUCCACCACAUGUGAAGAUGGAUUCAAGCAAAAGAAUGAUUCCAUUUCGCCACUAACGAAGAGAAACAAGGACACGUUUCAGCUUUCCGCUAUAGCACUUUCGAUUGUUAACAUGCUCAUCAGUGCGGAUAAAUUAGAGGGUGCAUUUUGAUUAUUUUGUAAUGGUUUGGGCAAUUAAUUAUUAAUAAUUGUAUUAUUUACAUAUACUAUAUUUUAUAAACUGUUUUGCUAUGUGCUUGUCUUAAUUGGACCCUCUCAAAUUGUAUAUGAUGCUCUUGUGUUUGCUUCUCAUGAAAGACAAACUAAUGUAUAAAGAAUAAUGAUUAUUAGAGAUCGUGAUUAAUAGUGAUUAGGCGGUAAC